AAAGUCGUCCAUACCACGAACCCGGCCAACGCGCACGCCAUCAUGGUGACGAAUUUCGCCGACUGGGGCCCCACGCCGCGCCGCUCCGAGACGCUCUACCCGCUCGCCCCGGAGGCGCUCGGGACGACGGACGGGCCGGCCUGGGUGCACAACCGCAAGAUGGUGAUGAAGCACGUGGGCACGUUCCGCGUGAAGGACACGCGAUCGAACGAGGCCACGAUCCAACUCCUCUUCGACGCGAUCGGCGGCGAUGAUGUUGCCGCCGCGGAUUCUCCCUCCGCCGGCUGGACGCGCGAAGUCGACUUGAUGGAUCUCUUCCUGCGGAUGGCGCUGGACAUGACGACCGAGUACCUCCUCGGCACGAGCUUCGGGUCGCAGGAGAACGGGAUCCGCGAUAGGAGCGGCGGCGGCACGGCAGCAGCGGGGACGGGCCAUCAGCGCCGGAAGAAGUAUGGCCUGAUGUGGGAGCAGGCGUUUGAAAUCGCGCGGGAGUACAUGUCCUGGCGCGCGAAACUCGGGUCCAAGGCGUGGAUGGCGGAUUCGCCGCGGUAUCGCCAGGCGUGUAACGCGCUGAACGCUUUCAUCGACGAGUUGAUCCUCCGCGCUAUCGACGGCACGGCGAAGAGCGACGUCGACGACGCUGCCGCGGCGGUGCGCUUCGGACUGGUCGGGAAUCUCGUCCGCGAGCGCGGCGCCGAUCCGGUCAAGAUUCGGGAUUUCGUCAUCGACAUUCUGAUUGCGGGGCAGAACAUGACGGGCGUGAUGGCGUCUUGGAUCUUCGCGCGGCUGCAGGUCCACGAGGGAUGGUAUCCGCGCGUCAGGGAAGAGGUCCUGCGGUCCUUCGGCACCGAGAGCGAACCGAGACUGCCUCUGACUUGGGACCAUCUGCGCGCCUGCAAGGAUCUGCAGAACGUCAUCCAGGAGUGUCUGCGCCUGUAUCCGCUACUGCCUGCCAUUGGCCGCUCCGCGAAGCAAGACACCGUGCUCCCGACGGGUGGCGGGCCGGAUGGGACUCAGCCGAUUGCUGUUCCGAAGGGGGCAGCUGCGACGAUCAAUCUCUACAUCAUGCAUCGACGGCGUGACAUCUGGGGCGAAGACGCUUGGGAAUUCAACCCGGAUCGUUGGACGGGACGAAAGGUCGGCAAAGGUUUCGCGCCGUUCGGCGCUGGACCUCGACUUUGUGUUGGGAUGCAGUUGUCCAUGGGUGAACUGUCAUACUUGAUCGCUCGGAUGAUGCAGCGAUUCGAUCGUAUCGAACCCGUCCCCGGAGCGAACAAUCUCGACAAGGGCUACCAUAUCCUGGUGGCGCCCAAGCAUGGCGUGAAGGUACGACUGCAUAGAGCA